AGUCAUAUGAUCGGGUAAUACUUCUGAACAGUGUAUGUAUCGCUAUGAAUGCCGCUGAAUCUAAGAAUCUAGCUACGGUACUGAAAAUGUUGGGUGAAUCUAAUUCUGAGACUACUGAUGAGUGCUAUCAGGAUUUGAAGGAACCAGGAGACUUCGCCAAGUUCCUGUCCAACGAACAGAAGAGUAAAGUAGUGUAUCCAAGCAACAAGAGUAGAGUCCUGGAGGAUACUCGUGGACAUGUCUACUAUUUCAAGAGAACAAUCAACAAGAAAAACAAAUUCGGAAAGGCUUGCAGAUGUGGCGUGUGGGUUUGCAGACACUACAGGAGACUUUACUGCUGCUGUGCGGUCUACACGUUCGGGGACACCAUAGUUGGCUCCACUGGGCCUCACAACCACGACCCUAUAACUAAAGAAACGGAAGGUAAUCCGAAACAACAGAGAUUGGACCAAAGUAGAAGACUGAACUUCAAAGUACCAGUGACUUUAAAAAACAAGGUUCGACGACACAAUAGUGGUCCUAAAGUUGACAGUAUCAAAAGAUCAGUCCAGCGUGCUCGAGAGCAACUUAGUUCUAAGAAAAAGAGAAGAUGUUUCAAGAAACGUGUUCCUAAACCUGAACCUGAAGUGAUUAAAGAAGAGGAGGUGAUAGUGAAUUUAAAGAAGUUUGAAGAAGAGGAGAAACCCGAAGUUAUAGUUAAUGUUGCCGUCACGGAGCAACAAAUUGAGGAACAACCAAUGGAAGCACAGCCUCCUGUUGCAGUGAAGAAGGAGCUGGAGAGUGUUGCUAUGGAAACAACACCCUCAACAGAUCGACCAGGAGAGAAGAAGGAUACUCUUAACGAGAUAUUGGAGAUACUGAACGAUCUCUCCAAGAACUCAUCUCACUCUUACCAGGCACUUUGUAGUCAGCUGCUAUCAGAGUAUAUGACAGGACAGACUGGUGAGCAAGCCACCACUGCUAGCAACGUAUCCCCUAUAAAACAUAGCACCAUAUCCAGUAUCACAAUCCCGAUCCAAGACUUCCCUGUUUCCUCUCCCGGAAUUAUAUCCUCCUCCCUGUCUACCUCCUCCUCCUCCCUCCCCUUAACCACUCAGUCUCCCUCUACCUCACACGCCAGUGUCUCCACUGAAAAUACCACCGUGGAGGCGUCUCAACGUGUUGCGAGCGGUGAGGCAUCUCAACCUGAAAUAUCUGUUAUUUCCAGCAACUUCAACACAUCUGAUAUCCUAACCGCAACAACCCCUCGGCCGUUUGUCAAAUCAGCACCUCCCCCAAAUGUUACAAUAGCUUACAACAAAGAACCCGCCAAGCCCACCUUCAACCCUGACAUGCGCCCUGUUAUCAACAUUCCAUCUCUCUUCGACUCUCCCGCCUCUCCUGCUGUGACAUCACCUCCUGACACUCCAGUGACGUCAUCAAGUGAGCCUGUGACGUCUGCAUCACAACAACCCACCACGUCACGUGCCAAGUCCCCCGAGCUGCCGCCGCGCAGUGAGUACAACAUCCUCUCUGAUAUGACCAGUCUGGAGAACUUGCUGGAUAUUCUGAAAGAGAACAGCCCCAUCAGAGACUCUGGGGCACUGAGGUGCACGUGCAAAACCAUGCUGCGCUGUAAUUUACACGACAUAGGACCAGGCAAGAAGAGACAGCCUCCCCUGAAACCCCGCAAGGUACUUACCAGGAAUGACGAUGCUCCUAAACCUGCUAGAAAGAAGUACUGCUACAGAGGGUCCAAAAAACCAUACAAGUUUAUCCCAGAGACUUUCAAGGAUUGUCAGUUGCCUGCCAACGAGGAUACCGUCAUUGGAACAGCUGGUCACCCGAACGCUGCAUCAGUAGCAGCCAACACUACAACAGUGAAGAAAGGAAGAGGAGGGCGCAGAUCGAGAGGAGUGAAGCCAGUUAACCUGCCGCCUCCCCCUCCUCCUCCAAUUACCUCCAUGUCUCACAUUCCCUCUGUCAUGCCCAGUGGUGUAGGUCUGACACCCAUCUCACCUGCACCGGAGCCGCGAGGUAGCAACUCUGGAAAUACUAUCAACCUGGUGCCGGUGACUUCAGUCAGUGCCCCGAGCUUUGAGAACUCCAAGUUACUAAAAGCAGUUCCUAUUGGUAAUGGCCUGUACCGACUAGAAGAAGCUAACGAGUCCGAGAUGCAGGCCGGUGCCCUCUCCAAACCCAUAUUCACCACAGACUUUGGAAUGGGUAAUGGCAUGGUAACACCUGCUUGCAGUGUUCCCAUGGUAACACCCAUGGGAAGUGUUCCCUUUUCUCCCGCAUUAUCUCCCAUGUUCAGUCAGAACCAGCGCAACUCUAACAAGCCUCUGACAGUGAUAGAGCACCACCCUACCUCCAGUUUCUCUGACUCUCGACCUCACUCCAGUUAUGCUCCUCUGGUUAGCCAGGCUCAGGGUCUGAACUCUCAGGCUGGCAACUCAGCAGCUGGCAACAGUGCUGGAAGUGAUGUUACUAACCAGCUUAACUCUCUGCUUACCUCUGUUCUGAGCAGUAUCAACAAUGGCAUGAACAACAACCUGAACAAUACUAUUAACAACAAUCUGAACAACAAUCUGAACAACAAUCUAACCAGCAAUCUAAAUAAUAACACCAACAAACAUAAAACAGACCAAGUUCCUCUAAUGAUUCCAGCUAGUUCUAACGAUGAAAACGUGUCGUCAUCUCUAGUAAACCAGCUCAUUGAGCGGCUUUUAUCAGUAGAUUCUACUGGAAACGAGGAGAAGCUUCUAGAAGCUGUGAACUCUAAUCUAAAUGGAAUAACGCAACACUGAUGGUAGUACUAGUUGAGUGGUAGAGCAGCCAACUGGGUUGAUCCUCAGCCUCAUAUUCGAGAGAGUUGGUUUGAAUCUCGGUACCGCCCUACCAUAGGUUCUAUAUUUAUUAUUCACAUGAAUCAGACGAUUUCUUGCAGUGUAACAAUUCCCAAAUGUGACAGAGAACUGUGCCACUGUUUGACAAUGUGACAGAGUUCCGUUUAAUAACAUUGGCCAGGGGUCACAACAUUGGCCAGGGGUUUUAAGUUUUUAAUACAGAUUUCACUAAACUGGAGGUUUUUAACGUGUUUCUAAUAAGAAUUGUUUGUUUUAAAGCUUUUAUAAAUAAUUUCAUGAUAAAUUUAUUACUAAUAUUAUUAAUAUUAGUAAUAUCAUUAAUAAUAUUAUUAAUAUUAGACUCUAUAGAGUGCAUGCUUAUUCUUGCAAUCUGGCAUGUACCUGAACUUUGAAUGAAAGUAUUUUCUGACUUGUGUUGGAAAUAGAAUGGAUAUAUUGAUAAUGAUGGUAAGUCGUAUUGUUAUUUCACAACGUCACCAGUCACGUGGUUUAGCACAACGUCACGUGGUGAGACGUCAAUUGAAGACUUAUGUUCAUUAACUGUUUUUAACAGUAUUUUAUUCACGGGUUCACUACACAAUAAUUUUACCGUGAAAUUUAAUGGAAUUUAUUUCAAAUUGAAUUUUCUCUCAUUUUGAAAAUAUUACCUUUUUCA